CGUCAAAAUAAAAGCACGGCAGUAAAACAUGUAAUUAAGCCACACAUUUAGUCCACACGUUUCAUUCAGCCUGUUUUAUAAAGCAGCCAUUUCUCAUUCAAAAAUGAAAAUAAUCUCACCUCUCAAUUUCACCUGUUGUUCUUCUGUUUGCACAUACUCCAAUCGGCAUCCAUCCAACCAGCUACACACUUUCUGCCGCUCAUCCUCCCUUAAGUUGCGGGGUAUACUGGAACCUACUGCGACAGCCAGUGCACCUUAAAAGAACCGCUUUUUUAAUUUUACUUUGACUUGGUGAGUCGCUGUUGCUGUCGCUGCCCGUUUGUUUCGCCACAGCCAGCAGCAUUAGCAAUAUGCUAACCGGCAAAACAGAGACGUACUCACGGUUGCCAACUUUUCAGUAAAAAAAGUAGCUAUUGGCAGGUACCCAGACGGCGCAAAAUGACGUCACUGUAUAAUUUGCAUACAACCUGCAUAUUACGUAGUAAAAUUAUGGAGGGAAAAACAACCCCAUAGGAGAGAAAAAAAAGAGAAAAAAUGCCUUUCGAAUGAUUGAUUACUGGUUUGUUCAUUGAAAAUUGACCAUAAUUUCACUCUCAAAUGUUUAUUCUGUUAACAUGACUCAAUGUAGCACACUCCUCUGGUGACUAUAUGUAAAGGCAACUGAAAACAUAGCAAUGCAGUGGGAUUAUCAAUUACUUACGUUUACCCGAAGAAUUUAAGAUAAUUGUUAGCUAACAUAAACACACCUCUUUUAUCCAGGCACAAGAUUAAAUAACAUUUGCGUUUUAGAUCUCGCUAUGUAAAACAGUGUAAGCUCCACCCCAAAUAUCAAAACCUCCCGAACAAACCCAGAAAACUCGCUAAAUUUGAGAAAAUAUGUCGCCAGAUCUAGUGACAAAGUCGACAAAUUGGCAACAAGAUGGAAGUUUGGAUUAUCACUGGGAUGCUUGUCUAAAAGGCUACAAUCCAGUGAAUGAUCUUCACCAGCUGUCUAACAGCAGUGCCUCCGACGAGUCCGGGAUCCCUCAUGACCUGGAUGUGUGCCCCGGUCAGACUUUCCAGGUGUCACUGCUGCACACCCACCUGCUGGCGUCGCCAGCCUUCACCUCUGACGUGCUGCUACAGCCUUAUCUGUCCAGCUGGGAUGAGCUUGUUAAGUUUAUGGAUUCUCUGGGUCCCAUGGUUGGCCUUAUUUCGAAAGAGAUAGUGACCAAAACUUCUCUUAUUCGUGAGCUGGCCCUUCUAGCCGAGGCCAGCCCUGAAGCAGAGAUGAAUCCAGAUGUCAAUUCCGCCAGGCCUGAUUCUGAGGUGAACACUUUGGACCCCUCAUAUCAUUCUGGUGCUUACCACUCAGUACGUUCCAUGAUCUGGGUGGAGCUGAAACGAGACUUAGUGGACUUCCAUCACCAGACGGACUCUGGAUGCAGGACUCUUCUUCGCCUGCAUCGAGCCCUGCUUUGGUUGAAGCUCUUUCUGGAGAAACUAGCUGAGAUCCCAGUAGCGGGACGGCUUAGGAGCCCGUCAGAGCUGUGUCGCGAGGCCUACAAGAGCACCCUGGCCAACCACCACACUUGGUUCGUACGCCGGGCUGCUGAGCUGGCCUUCAUCGCCUUGCCGGAGAGGAACUUCUUUUUUCGGCUGGUGUGUGUGCAGAACCAGGAGGAACUGAGCACAGUACUGGGCCGGGUGACCCAGGCCAUCGGCGUGGUCUAUGACAGGACUCAGAAAGCCCUGGAGGAGAAUGGCAUGCUGGAAUUGCCAUGAGACAGAAGCUGUCAUUGUUCAAAACUGUGCAUUCCUGGGCAUCAAAACUGGUCAAUGUGUGAAUGAACACACAGUACCAUCUCUUAAAUUCACAAAUGUUCCGUUUGUUGGUGAUUAUACCGUAUUGAGCCAGAUUUAAGACACUUAUUCUCGUGAAACGCCUGAAAAAGACACACUAGCAAACAACAAUGUUAUGGUGAUCAAUGAUGCAACUUUCAAUCAGCUAAGAACUAUUAUGACACUAUUGGACUCUAUCGGCUAUUUCUUAUUGUCUUAUAUUUGUGUCAAUACAGUCAGAGGACCUGAGAGGUGUUUUUAAGGCAGCUAAUGAUGCAACUGACGUAGUGGGUUUGGAAAGAGAAGACUAAUGCAGAAGUGCCUUACACUUGAAUUCAUUCAAAUGGCCAGCAGGGGGCAUACGCCAUUUGCAUGGCUUGACUUAACUUAUUAUACCUCAAAAAACAUAGUACUAAUGACUUUAAGCCAGUGGUUUUCAAAGUGGGUGGCACUAGAAGUCUUCAUGAAAUGUGUAACAGAUGGAGAAAAAUAAAGAAAAACAUUUUUUUAACUAGCUAUGCUAAAUUCAGUGUCCCAGUGGACUGGGAGAAAAAUUUCGCCCUGGACUUUUUGGUUCAGAGGGUAUUUUAAGCUCUGCAGUGAUGCGCCCCAUUGCAUUGUGGGCUAGCACAGGUUCUGCAUGUACGUAGCGGCAGCCCGGAUUGUGCCAACUCGCCCUCUCUGUAGCUGGUACUCUCGAUGGCCAAUCUGUCCUGGUCUGAGCAGAAAACUGUUCUGUUUCUGUUUCAGUACAGCAUGACGUUAACUCUGUAACUUAUUGAUUGUAAAUUGAAGUGGCUACUGUAUGUUUACGUGCCAAAAAGUAUUUUUUCAUGCUAUAUUUCCAGGGGUUGUGCAUGGGAAACAUAACUAUUUUUCCGUAACUAACAGUGUAGAACUGCAACGACGAGAGCCUUAAACAUCCUGAAUCCCGUGCCUUCUGUCAACAUCUCCUUGUAAAUAAAUGGAACAAAGACAAAGAAAGGUACACAAAGCAAAAUUGCCAAACUUGUUGGUAAUGUCACACGUCUUACAGUUUGUGUAAGCUAAAGAGCUAAACAGGAAAAGUAAAUAGACACAAUGACAAGACUCUAUUGAUGAAAGAACCUGAAAGUUGACCUUUUAAUAGUGUUAGACUAGAAUAGAGCACUACCUCAAAAGUACCACAGUCUUAAUGAACGUAUUAGUACUGGGACCUGUUUGAUUAGAAAACUGUUCUAUGCUGGACAAAUGUGCUGCUUCAUUCAUGAUGAUGGAAGGCACUGAUGUGUCAGGUUUUCUACUGUACCCACAAAUCUCUCCAUACAAAUAAA